CCGCUCACAGAAACAAGCGCUUCAAACGUCCAGCGACGCUUCUCCGUCGACAUCUGCGGCGCCAUCUUCCUCUUCCAGCGGCCGUGAGAAGGGAAGGGGGACGCGGCAGCGGCGAAACCUCUCCCGGCACAGCGGGGGGAGCAGGAGAAGAAAUGAGCGGCACCAAAGCCCACAGCGACGCGCCUGUUGCUGAAAAUGUCCCCGGCGCCGCGGCGGCUCCGCGGGAGCGCAAGUCCGGCGGCGGAGUGCUGAAGAGGCUGAAGUCCCGGGCCGGCCAGGCGGACGGCGGCAGGGCCGUGACGGAGCACCACCUGCGGGCGCAGGGCGGCCGCAUCACGCCGGAGGACGUGCUGGGACUGCGGGCGGCCACCACAGGGUACCUCUGUAAACCUGAGGACAAUAUCUAUAACAUCGACUUCGUACGUUUCAAGAUCAGAGACCUGGAGAGUAACACUGUCCUAUUUGAAAUUGCUAAACCACCACAUACAGACGAUGACGAGGAGAGCAAAGAGGGAGAUGCCAGUGCAGGUCGAUUUGUGCGCUACCAGUUCACUCCAGCCUUCCUGCGACUGAGAACUGUGGGAGCUACAGUGGAAUUCACGGUUGGUAACCGUCCUCUGAACAACUUUCGCAUGAUUGAGAGGCACUACUUUCGUGAUCACCUACUGAAGAGCUUUGACUUUGACUUUGGGUUCUGUAUCCCAAACAGCCGUAAUACAUGUGAACACAUCUAUGACUUCCCGCAGCUGUCUGAAACUCUGGUGCGUCAGAUGGUGGAGUGUCCCUAUGAAACCCGGUCAGACAGUUUCUAUUUUGUCGAGAACAGACUGGUCAUGCACAACAAGGCAGACUAUGCUUAUAAUGGAGGACAAUGAUGGCUGACUGGCUGAAUGCAAAUACUGUACCAACACACACACCACUGCUCACAUUUAUUGAUUUACAUUACAUGUUAACACAUGCAUGCACUUUGUGGAAGAAACGGCUCAAACACACAUGCGUGGAAAGUUGCAGCGAUGGUGGAGCGCCCUCUUGUGUUUAAAAGGGAGAAGUGCCGGUGUUCUGCCAAUUUCUGCUGCUUUGCCAAAAAGUGCUACCUAAUGGUUUUCUACCUUUGUAAAGCUACAAUUUUACUGUGUUUUACUCCCUAGCCCACUCCCUUUUCCCCCCAAGUGGUCCUUGUCUCUUGCCAGGCCGUCAUUGUAAAUAAGAAUGUGUUCUUAAUGACCUGCCUGGUUAAGUAAAGGUGAAUGACUGAAUGAAUAUCAAAUAAAGCGAUAGAAUUGCUUUUUUUUUCUCUCUUUAUCGUAUAAUGUUCACAAAGUGUAAUGCAAUUCAUGUCAUGGGUAGUGUAUUUUGAAGGAUCAAAUACUCAACAUCCCAUAUUAUCAAUUUUACAUCGUGCAAGAAAUCAUGGACGUGCCAAUCAAACUUUGAAAAUCCACUGUGUGCGCAUGCGCAGAACCACAAAGUAGCAUUUCUCGGCAGGUAGCAAGGAAUGGCAGAACACCGGUCAUUGUGAUCAUGAUCAGGGAAUGUUUUUCAUUAGUUGGAGGAUAAUAUCAGCUGCUACUCUGACACACAAACAGGAAGUUUCUUUUAGAAAGAGAAUAGAAUGGGUUAAUUCAUCUAAUUUUGAUUAUUGACAAAGCUCUUUGAAACCAAAAGAGGGCUCAAAACUAGUAACCUUGUUAUACGUGUUUGAGACAGUUUAAAUGACUAUUAUAUAGAUGCUUAGUCUCUAUUUAAGUGUCCUAGCAACCACACACACAAGCGCGCACACACACAGGUACACAAUCCCCAAAUGACACAUAUAGUUUUUACGCAGUGUUUGUCAAAAGCAGCUGCUGUCAGAGCUGCCGCCUCCACAAUCCACUCGAGACAACACCAGGGGGGAAAGAAAAGAAAUCCUCCUCAAAAACACUGCUGUCAAACACACAUGGUCACUCCUGAGCUCUGCUCCCCGCCUGCCUCUCUUUUACACCCAGACACUUUGACAAUAGUACGGGUCUUUGAGCUUUCUCUUUCGUUUAAGAUUGUCUGUUUGAUGAUAAGAUAAAAAUAGAUCAGGUAACCGUUAACGACAAUGUAACUCUACCUUUACAGUUCAGCCAGACAAAAGAUGAAUUCUUCUGGUGACCAGUUGAAAAGAUAGUUUCAAGAAGGCAAAAGUUUCAGAUGUCAGGUUGCAUGUGAUGAUAUGAAAAAAAUUUUAAAAAAGAAAGAAAGAAAAGAGAAGUUCUUUAUUUGAAAGAAACAUCAAACAUAGUUCUACUUUUCAGCUCUUAUGUAAAUACAAGCAUCUUCAAAUAUCAGAAGGUUUUUCUUGUACCCCCUCUUUGUACUUUAACAUGUGUUCAGGGUUAAAUGUAGUGUUUACAUUGUAUGUAUAAUUGUAAAAAGUUUACUGAGACAAUAAAUGAACAUUUUCAGAUACAGAGUGUGUGAAGUUUGGUUAAUUAUCUUAAGAAG